AUGGCCCUCGGCAAUUUGCUCGCAAGAGUGUCUACAAGGCCUCUUGCAGCUCGAGCGUGCCGCAUGUCCACACAAUCUCGAAGUUAUGCUCUCUCCUCCUACGUCGUAUCACCCAAAGAACUUGAGGAAGCCUUGAACAAGAAUGCGCCUUCUCCUAUAUCGACUGAUCCAAAAGUCAUUCCAAUAUGUGCAGCAUGGUUCAUGCCAAACGACCCCGAAAAGCGGACUGGCAUAGAGGCUUUCAAGAAGAAACGAAUACCAAAUGCAAGGUUCUUCGAUAUAGAUGGGGUCAAGGACCAUGAAUCACCCUAUCCACAUAUGCUGCCAACGUGCGAUCUGUUCGCCGAGGCCAUGGCGAAAAUGGGUGUGACAAAACAUGACGAACUAGUGGUGUAUGAUGCCGAAGAGCUAGGGCUAUUCUCAGCACCAAGAGUCGCAUGGACGCUGAGGGUGUACGGCCAUCCUCGUGUGCAUGUGCUGAACAAUUUCAAGCUAUGGGUCGAACAGGGGCUGCCGGUGGAAACAGGUCCGCCAUUGAUACCUAAUAUUACGACUUACAAAGUUCCCACCUACAACACCGAUAUGGUGGUCAAGUAUGCCGAAAUGAAGACGAUCGGCUAUGACUAUGGCAAGGAGGGCGCCGAAGAGAUACAAAUCCUCGAUGCUCGCUCGAAAGGAAGAUGGGAAGGCACCGAACCAGAACCGCGACCAGGUCUGCGCUCUGGUCAUAUGCCAGGCUCGACAAAUCUGCCCUUCCAGGAGCUGCUAGAUCCAAAAACGAAAGCACUGCUACCCCCGGAAGAGCUGAAGAAAGUGUUUGUGUCAAAGAAUCUGGAUCCUGCCAAGCCAAUCAUUGCCUCUUGCGGUACUGGCGUUACAGCUGCGAUCAUUGAACUCGGCUUGAAAGAAGCAAGGUUCGGCAGCGAAGAUGACAGAAGAUUGUAUGAUGGGUCUUGGACUGAGUGGGCUUCACGAGUAGCACCAACAAGCGGUCUGAUAAGGACGAGUAACAAAUGA